AUGAACAAAAGUGGAGAACAAGGGUAUGAAAGCUUGAUAAAAUGGUUGGAGGAGAAACACCCAGGGUUUAAGAGUAAUUUGUAUCUACGGGAGGUACCUGGGUUGGAAAGAGGUCUUACUUCAUCUCAUAAGCUUCAAGCUGGCGACACACUCUUACAUAUCCCUUCGACGUGCAUGUUAAAUCCAUUAACGUUACUUCCAAAUUCACCUAUACCAAAGCACCUAUUUCCUCAAACCCAGCCAUCUUCUUCCUCGUCUUCUAAAGCCUCAGUGUCAAAUACAAGUCGAUCUCCUAGUGAAGCUAAACGAGCUAGAAUAAGUCUAUCAACAUCAUCAUCAUCAUCGCCUUCAAGGAAGUUAGACACAACACAGUUACUUACACUCCAUCUGGCACUGACGAAAGAUCCCAAACAUAGAUACGAGAGUGAUUGGAAAGUAUACAUUGACACUUUGCCUCAAUCAUUCAGACCGUGGCAUCCUCUCACGUGGGUUGUAAAACCUGAUCUUGACGAAGAUGAGGAAGAUUGGAAAUGGUGGAAUUGCUUGUAUCAAAUUGGUCUGUCGGAAUCAGCGAAAAUGAAAAUAGACGAUGUUAGAGAAAGGUUUGAAAAGGAUUAUGAAAUCUUAAUAGAGGUUCUAAAAGAAGAGGAUCCCUUCAAAUCCCAAAAUCUAGUGAAAGAAAUAGGUAAAGAGGAGAUUUUGUGGGCAUGGUUGAAUGUGAAUACUCGAUCAAUUUCUAUCCCACUAAAUAUCCCAGGACCUUCCGAACGAAAUAACCAUACUCUGGUACCUAUAAUGGAUUUCAUCAAUCAUUCUUCUGAUCCAUCAAUAAUCACUCCUCGGGUCAAGCAGCUUGCUGCACCUUCUCGUCAAAGGACACGAUCUACUUCCAAGCCAUCCACGGCAUCCACGGACAGUGUUUUUCUACCUUCACCACCACUUACAAAUGCAAGUGCAAAUGGGUCUAGGCUUGGGACUGCCAAUGGGACUGGGAUUGGUCUGAGGAAAGCAGACCAGCAUCUCUUACCUGGUAAAAUAGAUCUUAGAUUGGUAUGUCCAGAUAGAGGUUUAGACGAAGGGGAAGAAGUCUUCUUUGAAUAUGGUGGUCAUUCAAGUGAAAUGUUAUUUGCCGAAUACGGUUUCUGUGAGAUACCAAAAACACCGGUACCUACAUCGUCAAAGAGGGAUUUGCACGACGAGACGGACAUAAAGGUCGAAGGGCUAAAUGAUGGAUCGCUCACCAGCGUGACGCAAGUAAAUCGCGACGGCGACCAAAAACCAAAUGAUGAAGACACAACUGGGUGGCUGACGAUGAGAUAUGGUGAAGUUGACGUGACACCGUAUAUCAGAGAACUAUGGGAUGAACAAGAUGACGAAGAGCAGGAAGAGAAAAAGCAGGUUUUAGAAGGUAUCGGAUGUUGGGGAGGAAACACAUUACACGCUUCACCUUCCCCUCCUCAUCCUGCACAUUCAUUAUUGAUGACACUACGAGUACUUCAUCUCCCGUCAACCUCACCUAGAUUACCCAAUGUAUCAAAGGGACUAGUGACUUACGUAUCACCUUCAAAUGAAACUUCAGCUAUGCUAACUCUCGAGGACAUUUGCAAGGGAGCAGUGAAAAACGCAGAGAAAAGAAGUAAAGUGGUACAGAGAUUGGACGUAGAUGUCAAAGACAAGUUGCAAUCGGACACAGAGAAAAAGGGUAUUUUGCAAAUGUUAAAAGCAAUGUGUCAAGAAGAACAAGUUAUUUGUAAAGCUGUAUUAGAAAGAUUAGAGAACGGUGAGGAGUUUUCAUAA